AUUUUUUUAAAAAAGGAAAAAGAAGAAAAAGAAAAGAAUAGAAAUAGAAAGAAAAGAAAAAUACGGAGUAAAUCAUUGGUCACACUUUUUUCCAGUCACACUUUCUCUCUCCAAAAUCAAGUGAAUUCCUUACUUGUUUGUAAGAGAAAGUUUGCUCAAUUCUUAACUUCAAUCAAAAUCCAAUUUUCAAAAUAAUUAGUAAUUUUUUCUGGGUAAUUAUAUAUGGUAAAAAACACCUUUUUUUUUUUUUUCAUUUAAAUUAAGAAUUGAUUGAAAAUUUUAUAUGAUUUUUUCUGGGAAAAAUUGAGUGGAAUUUACAAUGAGUAAUUUGAUUGGAAAGAAUAUAACUUUGUUGUUGGAGCAGCAUCAAAGCAAGGUUAAUUCUGGGAAUUUUUCUGGAAUUCCAAUAUUCAAAGCUCAAGCAACAUCAAAGUUAAGGAAUUCUAAUACUAUAUUUAGUAAGCAAUUUUAUGGGAAGAGCUUAAGAUCUUUUUCCAAUACCCAGAAAUUAAUGGAAACUCGGCGUUUUUCUUUUGUUGCGCGCGCUGUUCUUGCUGCUGAUCCUGCUUCUCAGCAAGCUGGCAGAUACAAUCUUGAUGGAGAUAUUGAACUGCAGGUAUCAGUGAGCCCUAUGUCAUCUGGAUGCAUUUCUAAGAUGGAGAUAGUGGUGACAAAUAGUCAUGAUGACAAUAUAGUACUUCAUUGGGGUGGGAUACGUGAUGGAAAAGAGAAAUGGGUGCUUCCUUCACGCAGACCUGAAGGUACUAAAGUGCACAAGGAUCGGGCCCUUAGAACCCCAUUUCAAAAGUCAGGUUCUGGUUCUUCUUUGAGUAUAGAGAUUGAUGAUCCAGAAAUACACGCUAUUGAGUUUCUUAUUUAUAAUGAAGCCCGAAAUAUAUGGUAUAAGAAUAAUGGCCAAAACUUUCAAGUGAGAUUGCCUAGGAAAGCUGAGAAUACUCAAAAUAUAUCAGUACCUGAAGAUCUUGUGCAGAUACAAGCAUAUCUCAGAUGGGAAAGAAAGGGUAAACAGAUGUAUACCCUUGAACAGGAAAAGGUGGAAUAUGAAGCAGCUCGUGCUGAAUUAUUAGAAGAAGUAGCCAGAGGUGCUUCUAUACAGGACAUUCAAGCAAGGUUAAAGAAAGGAAGUAAUGCAAGUGAGGUUAAGGAUCAGACCCCUUCAAAAUCUGAAAGCAAGAUCCCAGAUGAUCUUGUUCAGAUUCAGGCUUACUUAAGAUGGGAGAAAGCUGGGAAACCAAAUUACUCUCCAGAUAAGCAAAGUAAGGAAUUUGAGGAAGCAAGAAAAGAGUUGCAGAUGGAACUAGAUAAGGGUGCUUCAGUGGAUGAUAUACGAAAGAAGAUUGCCAAAGGAGAGAUAAAAACUAAGGUUGCAAAACAGCUGGAGAAAAAAAGCUAUUUUUCUGCUGAAAGGAUUCAGCGUCAGAACAGGGAUCUGAUGCAGAUUAUUAAUAAAUAUGCUGCUGAACCAGUGAAUAAAGUAUCCACAAAAGUGACAGAACCGAAAGCCUUAUCUACAGUUGAGCUUUUUGCUGAGGCAAAGGAAGCUCAAGAUGGCAGUCUUAUCAAAAAAAAGAUAUUUCAGCUUGCUGACAAGCAACUUCUGGUACUUGUGACUAAGCUUGGUGAUAAGACAAAGAUAUGUCUGGCGACAGAUUUCAGGGAGCCUCUUACCCUUCACUGGGCUUUGUCGAGUAAAGGAAAUGAGUGGCUGCAACCACCUCAGAAUGCCCUUCCACCAGGUUCAGAAUUAGUGGAAAAAGCUGCAGAGACACAGUUUGCUAGUGUCACCUCUGAUGAUCCACUACUCCAGAGGCUUCAGUCAUUGAAGAUAGAAAUCGAAGGUGGUGAUUUUGUAGGUAUGCCAUUUGUCCUUGUAUCUUCUGGGAACUGGAUGAAGGACAAUGGUUCAGAUUUCUAUAUUGACAUUGGUGUCAGACCUGCACAGAAGGAUGCAGGUGAUGGAAGUGGGACUGCGAAGUCGCUGCUGGAAAAGAUAGCUUCACUGGAAAGUGAAGCACAAAAAUCUUUUAUGCAUAGAUUCAACAUUGCAGCAGACUUGCUUGAUGAAGCCAUGGAUGCUGGUGAAUUGGGUCUUGCUGGGAUGUUAGUAUGGAUGAGAUUUAUGGCCACAAGGCAGUUAAUAUGGAACAAAAACUACAAUGUGAAGCCACGUGAGAUAAGUAAAGCUCAAGAUAGACUUACAGAUAAUCUCCAGAACAUAUUCAGAAGCAAGCCCCAGUACCAGGAACUUCUCCGAAUGAUAAUGUCAACUGUUGGUCGUGGAGGCGAGGGGGAUGUUGGACAGAGAAUUAGAGAUGAAAUUUUGGUCAUCCAGAGAAACAAUGAUUGCAAGGGUGGACUGAUGGAGGAAUGGCAUCAAAAACUGCAUAAUAAUACAAGUCCUGAUGAUGUUGUCAUCUGUCAGGCAUUAAUUGAUUACAUCAAAAGUGACUUUGACAUAAGCGUUUACUGGAAAACACUAAAUGACAAUGGGAUUACUAAAGAGCGCCUUCUUAGUUAUGAUCGUGCUAUCCACUCUGAACCAAAUUUCAGAAGUGAUCAGAAAGAAGGACUUCUGAGGGAUCUUGGACAUUAUAUGAGAACACUGAAGGCAGUUCAUUCAGGAGCAGAUCUGGAGGCUGCUAUUUCAAAUUGCAUGGGUUACAAAGCUGAGGGUCAAGGCUUCAUGGUUGGGGUGAAUAUUGAUCCUGUUCCUGGUUUGCCUGCUGGUUUUCCGAAUUUGCUUCAGUUUAUCUUGGAACAUGUAGAAGAUAAGAAUGUGGAGCCACUGCUUGAGGGAUUACUAGAGGCACGACAGGAACUCCGACCACUGUUGUUUAAGCCUCAAAAUCGGCUGAAGGAUCUUAUAUUUUUGGAUAUUUCUCUUGAUUCUUCUGUGAGGACAGUCAUUGAAAGAGGUUAUGAGGAGCUGAAUGACGCCGGACCUGAGAAAAUCAUGUACUUCAUUUCUAUGGUUAUUGAAAAUCUUGCUCUUUCAUCAGAUGAUAAUGAGGAUCUUGUCUACUGUUUAAAGGGUUGGAAGUGUGCACUUGAUAAAGUAAAGAGUAAGGAUGAAAAUUGGGCACUGUAUGCAAAGUCAGUCCUUGACAGGACACGUCUGUCACUUGCAAGCAAGGCAGAGUAUUAUCAACAAAUAUUGCAGCCAUCUGCAGAUUACCUGGGAUCACUUCUUGGAGUUGAUCAGUGGGCUGUCAGCAUAUUCACAGAAGAGAUGAUUCGUGCUGGAUCAGCUGCAUCUCUCUCUUCGCUCCUUAAUAGACUGGAUCCAGUUCUUCGAAAGACUGCCAAUCUGGGAAGUUGGCAGAUUAUCAGUCCAGUUGAAGCUGUUGGAUAUGUUGUGGUUGUUAACGAGUUGCUAUCUGUGCAAAAUAAAACCUAUGCACAACCCACUAUUUUAAUUGCAAAUCAUGUGAAAGGAGAGGAGGAAAUUCCUGAUGGCACUGUUGCUCUACUAACACCUGAUAUGCCAGAUGUUUUAUCACAUGUUUCUGUUCGAGCAAGAAAUUGCAAGGUUUGCUUUGCCACAUGCUUUGAUAGCAAAAUUCUCUCUGACCUCCAAGCAGCUGAAGGGAAGUUAUUGCGCCUCCAGCCAACAUCAACUGAUGUAAUCUACAGUGAGGUGAGUGAGGGUGAGCUCAAUGGGGCUAGCUCAAGUGCAGCGAGUGACAGUUCUUUACCAUCAAUAAGCUUGGUCAAAAAGAAAUUUAGUGGUAAAUACGCCAUAACAUCAGAGGAAUUUACUGGUGAAUUAGUGGGAGCUAAAUCACGUAAUAUCUCAUAUCUAAAAGGAAGAGUUCCAUCAUGGGUUGGAAUCCCUACAUCUGUGGCCCUACCAUUCGGAGCUUUUGAGGAAGUCCUUUCAUAUGGCCCCAACAAGGAAGUAAAUGACAAGUUGAAGAUCCUGAAGAAAGAUCUAGUUGAUGGAGAUGUUGAAGCUCUAGCAAAAAUUCGCAGUACAGUUUUAGGACUUGUUGAACCACCUCAGUUGGUCGAAGAGCUUAAAAGCAAGAUGAAGAGCUCUGGAAUGCCAUGGCCUGGGGAUGAAGGUGAGAAACGCUGGCAACAAGCAUGGACAGCAAUUAAAAAGGUUUGGGCUUCAAAGUGGAACGAGAGAGCAUACUUCAGUACAAGAAAAGUUGGGCUGGAUCAUGAAUAUCUCUGCAUGGCUGUCUUGGUUCAGGAAAUUAUUAGUGCUGAUUAUGCGUUUGUUAUUCACACAACAAACCCUUCUUCCGGGGAUUCAUCUGAAAUAUAUGCUGAGGUUGUGAAAGGACUUGGAGAAACUUUGGUCGGGGCCUAUCCUGGCCGUGCUUUAAGCUUCAUCUCCAAGAAAAGUGAUCUCAACUCGCCAAAGGUUUUGGGAUACCCAAGUAAACCUAUUGGCCUCUUCAUCAAUCAAUCUAUCAUUUUCCGAUCUGAUUCAAAUGGUGAAGAUCUUGAAGGUUAUGCUGGUGCCGGACUCUACGACAGUGUUCCAAUGGAUGAAGAAGAGAAAGUUGUGCUAGACUACUCAGUCGACAAAUUAAUAAAUGACAGCAACUUCCGUCAGUCAGUGCUGUCAGGCAUUGCAAAGACAGGAAGCGCAAUUGAGGAGUUGUACGGUUCUCCUCAAGACAUCGAAGGUGUUGUCAAGGAUGGGAAGAUAUAUGUUGUACAAACCAGACCACAGAUGUAAUAAAUCAUUCUUGCCUCUUCUCGCAGAGAAUCGCCAUCUAGGCAUACUGUGUCUCAGCACCAUGAGAAAAAUAGUUUGGAAUGCAGGGCAACGGAAAAGCUUGCAAUUGAAGUUAUAAUAGAAGAAGAAACUUGUGAGCAGAUGACGCAGAACUCAGAAGAAACGAGGCAAGUUGAACUAACAAGUCUAAAUCAUUUACGACAUCUGUUUUCCUUGAUCAGAAAAUGUGUAGGCUUUCGCUGAUGGAAAAUAGAUCGAUUGACUUGAAGUACAAUAAGGAGAACAGUUAGCACUUAGCAGUAUGAAUGAAUCUAAAAUAAGCGAAAAGAGUAGCAGUAAGAAAAAGGCUAAUAAUAUUCUGUAGCCUUAUUAGUAUACAGAAUUAUGUAUAGCAAUAGAAACUUGCUAAAAUGGCAUAUGUUCAUCUAAUUCAUGGUCAUGUUACGAAUAAUAAUACCACUAUACCAGGAUUGAUAUUAAUAAAAGUAUACUUCAAAUUUCUAGUUACU